UCUUCUUAAAAAGACAGACUACAGGAACAAUAUUUUGAUUUGCAAGAUAUGAGGGACAAGAUUACAGGCUUCUCCUGCUUUACCCCAUAGAUCAGGGGUUCCCAAUCCCGAAGACAAGGAUUGGGAACCCCUGCCAUAGAUCAAUGGUGGUGCUCUCUUUUAAGUUUGUAAAAAUACUCUGAUUAGAUCAGUGUUGCUCCGAAUAUAGUCUGUGAUCUCAUCAAGCAAUGGAAGGACCUACGGAAUUAAAACGAAAAGAUGGUUUGGUCCACAAGGCGCGUCUAGAUUGGUUCUAUAAGCCAGCGAAAGAAUUUGUUCAAAUGCACAAAUGUCCGGGAUGGUCUUGCCGUGGCUCCUUAUUCUGGAGAUGGUGUUGUAUGCUGGCUGCUUCAUUUGUGGAAUAAUAACAGCUGCCUCGCUGACCAUCACUCAGGGUCACUUUGCAGGCCAGUGCGUGUUAUACGGGACAGUUCUAUACAACACUACAGGCAAAAACUUGGUCCUGCAGAGCCCCAGCCAUCCCUCCUUAUGCUACUUUAUUUCGGCCAUCUCUGUGUGUGUAUCCAUCUACUGCUUCUCUCUCACGCUCUACUGGAUCUACACUUGCUGUGUGGAUGAGGAGGUCAACAGAGAGAGAGUGUGGCUGAACGUGACUCUGUGUGUUUGCGGGGUUGUGCUGUUCUUCCUGGUGGUGUCGGGAUGCACCUUGAGGAUUGGGAGAGAGCGUCUGUGUCUGUCGGCUCGCCACAACGUGCCAUCCUUAGACGGCUGUGAAGAGGCCGAGAAUGUAACCUGGGCCAGCCCUAAUACUGGAACACAGUUCUACUCAGGUUUAUGCAGCUCUGAGCGGUCAGUGUGGGUCAACUUCUUCUUCUGGGUUGUGAUCGUGGUGGUGGUGUUGGUGCAGAGACGUCAGGAGAUGCAGUCUGAGUCACUAUGGCGUGUCUCAGAGAGAGAGCCCUUCUUCCACCGCCCAGUCUGACCCCUGACCUCUUCUCCAGGUCACCACACCCUGGAUCCUGCAUGGGAACCUUCCAGAAUGGGUCUGAACUGAGUGUGGGUGUUGACAUGUGGUAGGGAACAACUGUGAAUCAGGUUUAUCCAGAUAUAAUAUUGUCUGCUACAGAAAUGGAGAGGUGCAAAGUGCUGAAUAUUAUUUUCAGCUUGGUUGAAGAUGAGAUUGAGAGAUAGUGACAUAAGUAACAUGAUAUCAACAAACUGCCAAAGACUAAUAGGAUCAAAAUCAAUAAUUGUCCUUGCAUGACAUAGUCAGACUUUCUUUUUUGACAAACGUGGACGCUUUUUUAUUGACAUGGUACAUUUGCCUCUAACUCAAACUUCACAAUCGUCUUAAACUAAAUACAUACAUUCUGUUAAGGAAAUGCAAUUCAUUGAAAGAAGGUUGGUGCAAAAUGUUUGUUUCACGAUAGACAAUCAUGGUUUCAUUUCCACGCAUUACCCUAAUAUUUGAAGUUCAACAAAUAAAAGCCUCUCAUGUAAUUUU